UUUGUUACUCUGUAAGUCUCUCUCUGUGCUGCACAAUUUAUACUAUACAACUUCAUUAUAGGACAUAUGAUUAACAAUGGCUCCAAAGCUAGCCUCAGCACUCUUCACACGGCUGAUCUUGCCAACCUUCUUACUUCUAUUCCUUUACUCAACCCUCCUCCCUCUCUACACACCAUCUUCGACCAAACCACUACCUUCGAAACACUACAUUCCCAUUACACCUACUUGCAAUCUCUUCAAUGGGCAUUGGAUCUUAGACCCCAAUCGCAGACCCAUGUACGAUGAGACCUGCCCAUUUCACCGAAACGCCUGGAACUGUUUGAGAAACAAGAGAGAGAACAUGGGUCGGAUCAAUUCUUGGAAAUGGGUCCCUGAAAAUUGUGAAUUGCAAAGGAUCGAUCCGUUAGGGUUUAUGAAUCUGAUGAGGAACAAGAGAAUUGGGUUUGUUGGGGACUCACUGAGUGAGAACUUCUUGGUGUCUGUUCUUUGUAUUCUUAGGGUUGCUGAUGCAGGUGCAAAGAAGUGGAAGAGGAAGGGGGCUUGGAGAGGAGCUUAUUUCCCUAAAUUCAAUGUCACAGUUGCGUAUCAUCGAGCCGUUUUGCUCUCCAAAUACGAGUGGCAGCCAAAACAAUCAGCGCUCUCUGCUCAAGAUGGAUUGAAGGGAAUAUAUCGAGUAGAUGUUGAUCUCCCGGCAGAUGAUUGGGCCGACAUAUCUGAUUUCUACGAUGUCCUUAUUUUCAAUACUGGCCAUUGGUGGGGCUAUGAUAAGUUCCCAAAAGAGACUCCUCUUGUUUUCUAUAAGGAAGGGCAACCAAUACAUCCUCCCUUGGAGAUGUUGGAUGGACUUAGAGUUGUUCUGGAGAAUAUGGUUUCCUACAUACAAAAAGAAUUUCCCAGGAAGACACUCAAGUUCUGGCGGUUGCAAUCACCUAGACAUUUUUAUGGUGGCGAGUGGAAUCAAAAUGGUAGUUGCUUGUCCAAUGAACCCCUCGAGAAAGUCCAGCUUGACAGGUGGUUUGAUCCCAGCAAUAAUGGGGUGAACAAAGAAGCAAGACAAUUGAAUCAUCUUAUUGAAGAAGCACUACAAGGCACAGAUAUCCGAUUACUUGAUCUAACUCAUUUGAGUGAGUUCAGAGCAGAUGCUCAUCCUGCAAUUUGGUUGGGAAAGAAGGAUGCAGUGGCAACUUGGGGUCAGGACUGUAUGCACUGGUGCCUACCAGGUGUUCCUGACACGUGGGUUGAUAUUCUGUCACAACUGAUCCUUUAUGGCUCGGAAAUGGGGUGAUGAAUGGUGAAAUGAACACUAUCAAGUUCGAUUGAGAUUUCCAACUUGCCAAUUCCAACGAAUGCCAACAGCGAAUUGUUCAGCAGUCACUCUCAGUUCACAGAUCAGAUCAGAAUGUGAGAAGUUGGUUAUUGCACGGGUACAAGCAUAGUCCCACGAGUCAGGUUUCCCUGUCAAUUUGAAUGCUAGUAUGCUUUCAGGGGAGGUUGACCUUAUUUAUAAUUAUUAUGCUGGAUCUGUUUCUUCUUCUUCUUCUGUGUGUGUGUGUAUUAGUGUGUUGGCUAGGGAUGCAGAAAAGGUCGGUGGAAGGUGAGCUAGCAUUGGAAUGACUCAAGGUUUCAAGUUGAAACUUCAAUUUUUGAGAAUAAAUCAUCAUUUUUUUUUGGUUUUUUGUUUCCCCAACUUUCGUUCUUCUUCUUUUCCGAACUUGUUGAGAACUAUGCUGUUAACUGUAACUGCUUUGACUAUAAUUUUAUUUAUUUAUUUGUCCACAUGAAUACAGUACAUUUCAAGUCUCCACUUUGGAUGAGUUAUUGCAGGGGUUUUUAGUGAUAUUGUUUCCCCUUAAAGUUAUAGAUUACUCUUGUUUUUUCUUUCUUUGUUGGAUUAAUACAUGAACUUGUAAAAAUGAAGCAGUGAACUUCUGGUCAUUUCAUUUUA